AUCUCACCUUCCAUAGCGCUUAAUCAUUACUUUUACAAUUUAAACAAUAUGAAAGCUUAUGAUUCAAACUAAUGUUGCUAAUUUCCAUGCUCAACUGUCACUUUUUGCCUCAGUGGCUGUAAACAUGGAGACUUUGUGCUUGCUGUGACAUCAUGUGCAUACACUAUAGUGCAGUAAGACACUUAAGCUUUGGAGACAACUCAUGUCGUCCAUGUUUAAGAAGUGGUGCAGACUUCUUAUGGGACCCAUGUUGCUAGGCAACAUCUUCAAGAGCAAACAAAUGUGGUUACAUGAUGCUGUUGCUAGUUAACAUCUUCAAGAGCAAGCAAAAGAAAGAGCCUAACAUCCAGACAGGAGUUUGCAAUGACUCUUCAAAACGAUGCCCCCCAGCGAUUCUCUGCCCUCCCUAGGGACAAAACAGAACUCAACUUAUGCGUUGAACAAGUCCGUGAUCUGCAACAUCAGCUAAAAGCAUUGCGCGAGCAGAGCAAUGAGUUUGUCUCUGAAAAGAACAAGCUCUACGAUAACUACAGCUCCAUCAAGUGUGAGCGUGACAGGCUGAAGGAACUGCUGGAGAAGCAGGAAAACACUGAAGACGAUGAGCUGAAGGAUGAGGAACCUUCAAAGAGUCACAACAAGAUGUUGGACAAGCUCCAGCUAGACAUCAAGGACCUGAAGAAGGCACUCCGCCAGAGAGACCAAGAACUCCUGCAGCUCAAGAAGGAGAAGAAGAGCUACUCUGCAGAGCUCAAUGAGAGCCUCAAAGAAGUUCUGUGUAACAGAGAAAAGAUAAAGGAAGAGAAGAAGGCUCUAGAGGAGCAGAAGAACCAGCUGCUGAAGGAAAAGAGAGAACUGCUUCACAAUGAAGCAGACAAGAAGGAUAAGGAACAUGGAGAGCCAGAGGAGAGGAAUAAAGAAAUAAAAAAUCUGGAAGACAAGAAUAUAGAGCUGGAGGAGAAAAUGAAACAGCUGGAAGAAACUAAGAAAGAAAUGUCAAUAAUUAGAAGAGACUUGAGGCAGAAGAACAUUGACAUGGCUGAACAGAUGAAAGAAGACGAGAAAAAAAUUAAAUAUCUGGAUGGGACUAAGAAAGAAAUGAUUAAGAAAGUUAAAGAGAUGAAAGACAAGAACCAAGAUGCAGAGCAAGAGAAGAGAAAAGCGGAGAACAGCCUUAAACAUCUUGAGGAGUCUAUCAAACAACUGGAGGUAAAUAAUGAGCAAAUGACAAAGGCCAAUGAAGAGUUGGAGAAGGCGAAGAACGACCUGGAGGCCAAAAAGAAACACUUGGAGCAAAAUAAAGCGAUGGUGGACAGAAGUGGAGAACUGAAAGUCAAGUUUAAAGACUUAAAAAGAGGGAUGAAAGAACUGAAGGAGAAAAAUGAAGAACUGGAGGAGCAGAUGAGAGAAACAGAGGAGAAAAAUAAAGACCUGGAGGAGCAGAAGAGAGAAAUGGAGGAGAGAACUAAAGACCUGGAGGAGCAGGACAGAGAAAUGGAGGAGAAAAACAAAGAGCUGGAGAAGAGGAACAGCAAAAUGCAGGAGAUGAACAAAACACUGAAAGAGAAGAACAGUGAUUUGAAACAGGCGAAAAAAGAACUGCAGGAGAAAAAUAAGCAGGUGGAGGAGAAUAUGAAAGAGCUUCAGGACAAAACCCAAGAACUGAAAGAGAAGAAUGAAGAUUUAGAGCAAGACAAGAAAGAACUGGAGAAGAGGAAUAAGGAAAAAGAAGAGGAAAGUAAAGACCUGAAGCAAAGGAGUGAUGACAUUCAGGAGAACAAUAAAGAACUGAAUGAGAAGAAGAAAGAAAUAAUGGAACAAUAUAACGAGCUGACAGAGAAGAAGGAAGAAAUGGAAGAGAAAUACAAAGAACUGAAGGAGAGGAUCAGAGUAAUGGAAGAGGAAAAGAAAGAAAUGGAGAGGAGAAAUGCGACUCUGGAAGAGAGGAACAAAGAGCUUGAGGUACAGAGAGAAAUGGAGAGAGAGAAGAAGGAAACAGACUCCACAAAGUCCAAAAAGAAAGAAAAGAAGGAGAAGAAGAAGAAGAAGGUUUUCUGGAAUUGGCUGCGCAGAAAGUUCUGCAACGUGAGAGUGGAAGAGGAGGCUGGUGGUGUUCAGGCCGGACAUCAGUAGCUCCCUCUACCUCCGCCCUCCACCCACCUUCCAUCCAACCACCUUCUUACUUCUUUCUAGUUCUAGUUGUGUUGUUGUGGGUUUUCCACCAAGUUACAGCCUCAAAAACACAACUCUUAGGUCCCCCAAUCAUAAUAAACCAACAAAAACUAUUUAAAAAUAAAAUACAACUGCAACAAAUUCUGGUCUCACGAAAUGUUUUAUUGUGUGUACGUUUUAUUGUAAAAUUAGUCUGUCAACUAAAUCUGAUGAAGAUGGUUAUUUUAAUUACUGGACAGGAUUAAUAUUGUUUCAGAAAGGUUGUUGAUUCUAUCCAGUCAGUAUGAUGUCUUGAUAUCUAGAACUACCAAGCAUGCUGACAAUAGGGGUUCACAUUUUUAAAAGCAGCUCCAUAAGAGUUUGGAUAAAGUCCUGUUAAUGAGCAGCAUCGAUUUCUGUGAACAUCGAAA